CACAGCUGGCCUGAAGAUGACCCAGAAACUCAGCAGCACCCCUGCCAGGGACCUGGACAAGUUCAUAGAGUACCACCUCCUUCCUGACACCACCUUCAGAGAUGAGGUCAAAGCAGCCAUCCACACCGUAUGUGCUUUCCUGAAGGAGAGAUGCUUCCGAGGUGCCGCCCACCCUGUGAGGGUCUCCAAGGUGGUGAAGGGCGGCUCCUCCGGAAAAGGCACAACUCUCAAGGGCAGGUCAGACGCCGACCUGGUGGUGUUCCUUAACAAUCUCUCCAGCUUCAAGGACCAGUUAAACCGACGCGGAGAGUUCAUCCGGGAAAUUCGGGAACAGCUGUGUGCAUUGCAGCGUGAGGGACGUAUUACAGUGAGGUUUGAGGUUCAUAGUUCAUGGUGGUCCAACCCCCGGGCACUCGGCUUCACACUGAGCUCCCCACAGCUUCAACAGGAGGUAGAGUUUGAUGUGCUGCCAGCCUAUGAUGUCCUGGGUCAACUCAACUACACCAAGCCUGACCCCCAAAUCUACGUCAAACUCAUCAGUGAGUGCACCUCCCUGGGGAAGGCAGGGGAGUUCUCUACCUGCUUCACUGAGCUCCAGAGAAACUUCCUGAAGCAUCGUCCAACCAAGCUGAAGAGUCUAAUCCGCCUGGUCAAGCACUGGUAUCAACUGUGCAAGGAGAAGCUGAGGAAGCCGCUGCCCCCACAGUAUGCCCUGGAGUUGCUCACAGUCUAUGCCUGGGAACAAGGAAAUGGAAACACUGAGUUCAGCACAGCCCAGGGCUUCCUGACUGUCUUGGAACUGGUCACCAAGUACAGGCAGCUUCGAAUCUACUGGACAAAGUAUUAUGACUUUCAAGACCAAUACAUCUCCAGCUACCUGCUCAGUCAGCUCAGAAGAGCCAGGCCUGUGAUCCUGGACCCAGCUGACCCGACAGGGAACGUGGCUGGUUUUCACUCAGAGGGCUGGCGGUGGCUGGCAGAAGAGGCUGUAGCCUGGCUGCAAUACCCAUGCUUUAAAAGAUGGGAUGGUUGCCUGGUGGGAUCCUGGGAUGUGCCGACGGAGGUUGAUGUGCCCUAUCAACAGGUGGAAGAGAACUGGAGUUGCAUCCUCCUAUGAGCACAAAAGCAACCACAUAGAAGGUUCUGGAGUCAGGAGAUGUGCUCCUCUGCUGCAGGCCUUGACCAGAGAGGGCAGGAUGCCCAAGGAAGCUCACUUUGGGAGCAGGUGUCCCUGUACAAUCCCCUGUAACUUUUAAGUAAACAGGGUAUGUACCCUCCUUACUUAAGGCCCCAGUGCAGGUGUGUCUCACGUAGGGUCAGACUCCAGGCUUCUGACCCCUUCCCACCCACCCUUCCAUC